AAAUCUUCAACACGUUUUCUUGUUUAUUGAGAAAAGGCAAUUUUUCACUCUGCAAGGCCAUUGAAUAAAACCAGAGGAGCUCCUAAGUAAUUCGCACACUUUUCACUAGAACCGGAGACCAUGAGAAGUCUUAGUGCCCUGUUGACGAUACUCGGGUUGUUUUUCACUUUAACAUACGGAUCACCCGAACACUCCUCGGAUGUCUGCGAAGAUUACUGUCGUAAAGAUCGUGUUCAGUGCAGUACUUCCUGUAAAACGGUUCAUCUGUUUAAUAAAACACGUUUUCUAGACUGCUCAAAAUCGUGCAAGGUUUCCUAUACAAAGUGUUGCGAUGAUUGUCGUCAAAACGCUAGAGCCAAUGUUUCUAUUUUGAAAAGACCUCCUAAAAGUGGCGCAACCAAUCAAACACAAUUGGGGACCAAUUCAACGGCAUCACCACCAAAGCCAACUCCUAAUUUAACACCGAUUGUGAAUCGAGAUUAUCCUCCACCGCCUGCGUCAGCGUGUUCGUAUGUAUGUACAUCGGAGAGAUUUGUUUGCCUUGAUGAAUGUCAAUUAACACCGUAUGAUUUCGGAUGCACGCCUGAAUGUGAAGUUGAUAAUGAAGAUUGUGAAAGAGAAUGUCACUUUAAGGACUUUCUUAGGAAUCGGAGAAGAAACAGAGCCAAUCAACAAUUGCUCUACUCAAAUUGUGUUAAUAAUCCAUGUUGAAAAGCGGUGAAGACUUCACUUGUAAAAAGACUUAAUUUUAUUUGGUUUUUGACAAAAACAUCAGCAGAGUUACAGAUCGGUGUACAUAUAAUGAUUUUUGUUGUCAUUAUGAGGUCUCCCGGAUGUAUGAAAGUGUGACAGUUAAUGCCUAUAGAAGGGAACAUGUUUGUCACAUUCCUACAUUUUCCCGUUGAAAAACGAAUGCUUAUAAAGAUGAAAAGCUGCUACAUAUUUACAUAGACUGUAAAUAACACUUUUUCUCAAGGACUGGUUAUUGCCAUGCUGUUUUAAUACUAUGCUUUUGUUUCACACAAAUAAAGAAUAAAAUACUCAGCAAUUUGUUUCCAGUGAAUAGAUUGGAUGGAAAAUUAAAUAGCGACUUCUUUUCUUA